CUUUAUUCUGAUAUGCUUUCUUAGUCUAUUCUUAACUCCGCGUGGGCGGGUGCACGCCACGUCGGAGGUUCUGGAGGCUGCCCCUAGCUAUCCAGCCAAAUAAUUCUAUAUACAACACUCGAAGUCACAGCAUCGCAGUCUUUUCCGCCCGAUGUAUGAUUCGGCUCGCUAUCACUUCAUUGCGACAAUACCGUAUGGUGGCGACUCCGCUUCCAUGGUGCUGGCUGAUAUGUUCACUGGCUUCAAGGGUUGCUCGCAUCAGCCAGGCUCUGUUGCAAGGACGCUAUGAAGGAGGGCGGUGGCUAAUCAAAAGUUCGAAUGUCGGUUUGAUAAAUGCCAGGGAUGCAUGCUAUGCUGUUAGAGGCGCACAAGCCAAACUGUCUUCAAAAGAUGCCAUCUAUCCACAAUGUACCAUCGUCUCACGGGUCGUUUCUCAUCACAGCUUCGAAGAUCAAUAGCAGAAGUGGGCAGAUUUAUGUACUGAAAAUAAAAAGUACUAGGAUUGCCCUAGCACGCGCUGAUGCAGAUGCCUGAAUGAUAAACCUUGGUAUCACGUCCUAAGCCCGACCAUGG